CAUUCCUUUCGCGUUGUUGUUUACACAUUGGCCAGCAGUCAUCCUUCUACAUGGACUACAAACGGCGCUCACGACGUUCCCCGACUUCGCCUCUCUCUUAAAAAAAAGAUGUCCAUAUCUUUGACGAUGUGUUCGUGGUAAGUCUCCCACCCGGCGCGUAGAACACACUUUGUCUCUGUCCAUUGUUUUCUUUCAGGAGAGGUUCUUGUCGGGCGCUCGUCUCAAGGCGCGGCUCUUUUUUGCAGGAUCAGGCUUGUAGUUCAAGUGGCGGAUGCUGAGUGAAUAAAUACAAUAGACGAUCCUUCCAUCUUCUAGAAAUAAAUUUUAGAUUUCUUGUUUCUCUCUGGAGGAGGUGGAGCUCUAACGCACGAAAAAAAAUCAGUUCUUGCACAAAUGGUACAACUUCAAGGAGUGCCAGAAGAUGGGGUUGGUCCAGAUAUUUCUUGAAGGCAUCAACAAAAAGCAGCAAGAUCUUCGUAGGCGUGAUAGAUUGCGAAUCACGCACGAAGGAUUCUGUGACAUAUUGAAUAAUCGUUCCGAAACUGGCUGGUCUUUGGUAUUCGAGGUUCGCUGCGGCAAAACCAAAAGAGAAACACCAGGUCAAAAUAAGAGCCGAGGAACUCAGGAUGGUGGCAGAGGUCAAGAUGAUGGUGGCAGCGAUGACGACGAGGAUCAAGAUCAUUUUUUUAAGGAUAACAACAAUAAAAAACAAUUUCUGGUGCAGGAGAAGAUUACUAAUAUCGCACUACUUUCUUCACUAUCAUGUAACUAAGACCUUGUUGUUGUUGAGAAAUAUUAGACGGUCGCUGCAGCAUGAAAUGAAUUAUCGUGAGUUCAUCUUCUUUUUGUGAGUUCAUCUUCUUGCUUCUUCUAAUAUACCAGGAGGAGGGCAAGGCAGACGAGGCAGCAAGAGUCGAGACAGAGGCUCUGACGACCGUUCACGAUCACCAUCUGGGCAGCCUGGCGCCGGGAAACCGCGGAGAAGCUCCGGAAGUGGAGGUUCUCGCUCGGGAGGUGGUCACGAACGCAACUCAGGCGGAUCCAGCACAUCAACGACCUUUCCCUUGCUUGGAAAUGGAAAUCUCGGAACGCGGAACACAAAUAGGCCAACUCGCACCACGACGAAGCGAUCGACUACCGCAGACGGAAAGCGAGUGGAGGUCUCCUACUCGCCUUAUCCAGUCCCCACAGGAGGUACGUUCGUGAUCAAAAUCGAUGGUCAGACAUUAAAAGUCCCGGGGGAACAAGAUGGUCAUGGAGUCCUAGCAACUACCUCCACGACCGCUGCACAGGGUGACGAUGAUCAUGGCGUAGAUCAUCCAGAACAACUACAAGAUCCCGAGGACUAUGCUGGAAAUGAAGAGCAGACGACGAGACUUUCGCGGACGAGGCACUUAGAGGAGACGGAGGGGACGCAGCUACUCGAGGAGAGUUCCGAAGAUGAAGGGACGAGGCUUUCGUCCCGUGGGGAACAACCUUCGCGCACGUGGAACUGCUGUAUGAGGUGGUUCUGUAGCGAUGCCUCCGGACAUCAUGAGGUGGUCGAUAGAAGAAAACGAAUCGUUGUUUUCUGUCGUGCCUGUCGCGACUGCCUCCGCCGCUGCGACAUUUGCUGCAAACAUCGCCUCGAGCCCUCCAAGAACGACCCUCGCGAUAGGGAAUUUGAAUCCCUUUUACGAAGAGCGGCUGCGUUGCGUUCAUUCGUCAAACUCAGUUUCGAAAUGCGUGACUAUGGAAUGGUCCGUGCGAACAAGCUCCGCGCGAACAGGCUGGCGAAAAAGAAAAACUAAAAUUUUCUUUCGCGUUGUAUAUACUGCGAAUUGGCUAGAGAAAUGAGUGAACCUUUCUAAAAAUCUGGAAAAGGGUACCCCAAUGAUUGCGAGGCGUGUCGGCUUGGUGUCCCGGGCCCUUCGUCUGAGCUGCUCGCGGUUUGCGUCUCUGGGUGUCUCGGCUAUCUGUGCCAUCUUGGUUGACUAUUUUGGGCAUUUGCUGGCCCUGGCGUUGCUCUCGUCUAGACAGCUCCACGCCGCAAGGGCGGGCGGCAAGCCGGCCCAAAGCCGUCGACCUUGUGCGCCGUCGCCAGGAGAAGCCCAAAGGAGUGAAGCGUCCGGAACCUCUGACAGCCGGACCCGUCUGGCCGUGGGCUCGGUGGGUGGUCUUGAUGGAGGGGUCUGCCGACAUUUUUUCGGGAAAUGUUCGCGCGGACCUCUGCCCGGAGUGCUGGAGAAAAGAGGCCAAUUUGUCCGCCCGAACAAGUCGAGGACGGCAGGACAGACCUGACCGCGGAGGGCUUCGGACGAUGUUCGCGCGGGGGCCAAAGCGCCUUACAGUCGGUCGAUUUGGCUUGCAUCUUUCAGGACCUGGCGGGUCUGGAUGGCUUCGACAAAGCUGCUCAGAUCGUUCGGGCCAUUUUUUACCAAUCGGAGAAAAGGGGGCCCGGCCAUGGUAUCACGAUGCCAGGCAUUGCCAGAUGUUCUGGUCUGGGAUGGCGUCGGAACUGGAUGCCUUAGAACCGGGACGUCAGGCCAGCGAGCAUCUCAAAUAUUGGGCUAGAGGUCAUGCUGAUGCACCUUUCUCCGAUGCAAAUGCCCAUGAAGGAGCCACGGACUUCCUUGACCGCCGCUUGCGUCUCCUCUUGUCACCAACUAAUUGAUUUAGUUACUGUAAGUGUAACUGACUAGCGGGAAUGGGCUAAGCAACUAAAGAAUUAAGGAUUAACCAAAAAAAAAUAUUUUUUUUCGCCAGCCCGUGCGUGCAGGCGGACCUUGUUCGCGCGGACCAUUUCAUGGUUACGAUUGGGACGAUAUAGUCCACUCAGCUCCGCUAAGGAGCAAGAUAGACAAGUACAUCUACUUCCAGGAAUGCAGAAAUCGUUAUUCUCGUUUCGGGUCAUGGCACUGCGACGCGCGCGACUUUUUUUUGCAUGUCCUCGAGCCGCACUGGGACUCUUUCGAGCGAGACUAUGUUGCCAGAAACUUCAAGUUCAUUCCUUCUCCUAGGUCCGGCAGGACCUAUGUUGGUAUCGACUACCACUGCGAUGGCCGUGGCAUUAGAAAAGAAUAUGAAGACGAUGCUCUGCGCGAUUGGUUCGAGGAGAACGCGAUUGCUGACUAUGGCCAGGAGAGCACCAAAAUUAGAUUAAGCAUAAGGUAGCCCAAUGGCUACGGUUUUGGAUGGUGUGCGUCAUCAUCAUCCUCCGCGAUGUCGCUCCUGUCCUGUGCCUAGUGCUAACCUGCACAAGCACAGGAUAAAAAUGAGAAGGCAAAGAAGCUGGCUUCUGUUGUUUUUAUUCUAUGCAGAUCCCUCCGGCUUAAUGCCUUUCAUCUGACUAAGCUAACUAGAUCGCAGCCAUCUAUUUGGGCCGUCAGCUUAUUCUUAUCUUGCACACGCUUAAGACCUUAAGGGCCUUAGCAGUUUGACCCUGGUGGCCUUGAUGUUAAUGAUGAUGAUGCUGCUCUUGUUGUUGCUGUCGUGUUGAUCUUCUUGUCCUUGUUGUUUCCUUGAUCAUGAUGUUCGUGAAUCGUUACGAUGUUAAUUUCAGUAUUGGUAGGAUGAUCUUUAUGCUCAUGCUUGAGCUGGUUCAUAAUUUGGGGGUCGCCUCGGCCGAGAAAUUUGCAUGGGCAAUCAAACAGCAGCGGAGAUAUAUUCUCACAAAGACGAUGUUACAUAUUGAGGAGGAGCGUGCGUUUGCCCGUCAGCGAGGAAACGCUUGCUGUGGUCUUUGGAUUGCAUGCAAAUGGCCUCCGCACAGAAUAUCGGCAGCAAGCCUCUCAGUCUCCGCCUUCACAAUGGGAGGGAUUGGUAUUUACCACGGGUUUCAGACAUACGUUGAUUGGAAGCAGGGAAUGGAAAAAGAAAAUCACGAACACAAACACGUUUUAGAUCAAGCUGAGGCUGACCACACCAUAAUUAGUUUGGCUGAGCUGCACAUGGAUAGUCAUGUACAUGUUGAAGGGUCUCUUGGAGAUCCGCGGACUCUGGACGAGCUAGAGAAUUUCAAUGAAGAAAAUAAAUCAGGGUUGCAUCUGCGUAGACUACAACACCUCUCGGCAACAAAAGAGCUACCAGCACAAUCAGAACAAAAAUCAUCUGCCGAAGAAAUGGGAACCGGUACGCCCAGCCCCAGUCAUUUGUCCGCAAGAUUGUCUGGUACAACUUCAAGAGAGAAAGAGCCUAGGCACGAUCAAGCUGUAGAGGAAAAAGCGGAUCGAAGCCUUCUGAGGCGUCCGCCACGACGUCUGGCAGAAUCCGAGGACGAAGCACCAAGAACUCUAGUACAGAAUUCCGAGGUCACUAAAUCUACAAUGCCCACUUCUAUCUUGUUCCCGGCUGGCAGCAGCAGGGCACCAAAAGAUGAGCAACGACCUACUCCCGAAAGACGUGCAAGGACGGGGGCAUCCGCAGAAGACGAGCAGGAUGAAGAUGCAAAUACUCAUACACUUACUAGCAUGAUGAAGACACUCACACUAGAAGAUGUUGAUCUACGGCCAAAACCUGCAGUUGAACGAUCGCAUUUUGCGGGUGAUGCCUUCUCCUACGUUGUAUUUAGAGACGAGGACGGCAACCUAAGGGACGCUUCGCGAGGAGAUAAGCUUUUACUUGAAGAACAAGAUGCCUCUCGGAUAACUGUUGUAGAUAUUGUUCAGAAAAAUAAACGGAGAUGAUGAUGAUGAUGAUCUGCAAGCUGCCAGUACUACUGCUUCCAGAACCUAGGGGACCGGGGCUGGUGAUGUUGAUGAUUUUUCAUCGUCAUCGCAUAAAAAACAUUCUUUAGAACAUCACGACGAUCGUAGAGGUUAUCAGGCGGUGGACGGGGUCACUUGUUGACACCCCUCUCCAAGCGCAUCUUUUUUUGAUGCUGGAUCAACAACAUCAUCAAAGAAUUUUUUUAUCCUAUUUUGAGCAAGCUGAUUAAAAUCACGAUAAGGUGGCUCGUGGUUGUUUUCCUUUCCUGUAUUCUCAUUUAUUUACAUCGACGAAUUCUAAUAUUGUACUUGAACAAAUUGAGUAUCGUAUAACCCAGGGUGUUGUACUUCUACCCAAUGAAUGGGAACUAUAUUUACUAAUAUGGCUUCUGCUUCACCGAUCACACAGGAGGUUGAAUUUAGUAAAGCAUUGGAGCAAAAUAUUGGAUGUCGAAGAUGUACCAACAUUAGCAUGUGCAUGAUAAUGAUUAUCGUCAUGCAACUAGUGAGAAGUGUACUCGACCUCUUCAGGAGUCUUCCACACCCGUCAAUAUUUUAGCUUUUCCAUGGCAGCCGAAACCAUCAGAAGAAAAAACUAAUAACUCUAAAAAACACCAACAAAGACAGGCCUGCUCGUGCCUGAUCUUUGACUGUAGAAGAUGGACCAAAAAUGUCUGUUCGUGAAGCACUUGCGGCCUAAAAAAUGGCAGAUCUCAAAACAGCAAAAAGGAGGCCGUUAAAAUAAUCGUGUCAUUGAUGAUAAUAAUAGAAGCUGGGCCGAGCUAUAGUUGUAUCUGAACUAGAGGGCAACUUGAACUUAUCCUCAUGGGGUAGGUUUAUAAAUAUGAUAGUCAUAGACUUCUCGUGCUAUGCGCUAGUUUGGUGAACCGGUACCCUGGAGCAAACUAGUCGGUGCACAUGGCGCGAGAGCCGAGCACUUCUCUGAGGCAUGCACACCACAGGCCUCGGCCGCCUUAGAUGAGAAGACCUCCAGGGCAGAUGGAUGACGCGCGGCGCCCAUAAUAGACGGAUCCUAAUAAAGAUGGCCAUCAGUCUACUUUUUAACAUAUAAAGAGAAAGUAGUUGUACCUUCUAUUAUUGAUUUUCUUCUUUUUUGGUUUUUUUUCUUAGUUACUUGAGUCUUGGGUUAGCAUCACUAUUACCAAGUCAAAGCAAAAUGAUGUGAGCCGUGGGCGUGCGCGUGGGAGUAUGGAAGUCGUAUAAGUGGUGCUCUUUUACGGCACUUUAGUCCCCUCGACGAUUCGAAAUGAGUCUCAAUCUUCAUGAAGGAGCAAACCUUCAUUUACAACUUCUUUUUGGUUUUGGAUAAUUCUUUUUGUAUAUAGUACUAAAAAAUUGGAGUUCGUCAUAGCAGCUUCUUGGAGAUGGAACUGCAAGAAGGAUUGCCCACUGUUUUUUUUGUAUUUUCUAUCGAUCUCAAUCGAAUUUGUUCGUUUUUUAUAACUGUGAUCGAUUCGUAUCUAUUUGUUUCAAUGUUACGUGGUUCCUUUGCUGUCCAAGUGUUGAUGCGCUGCCAAAUAGUGUUGAACUUGCUUGGGGAAUAAAAAGUGUGCUCUUUCAAAUCUUUUCGGUAGAAUACUAAAACGCGAUGAAGAUGAUGAUCACCAACAUAUAAACAAACCAAAAAAAAAUAAAAAAGUAAUGUUAUAAGUUGAGUUUAGAAAAUAAUUGUGUCGGGGUAUUAUCGCUAUAGGUGAACAUGAAUGCUGCCGAGUCAUGUCUGCGCAUGAUAGAUUCUUAUGCACUAUGCAGGCGCAACUACUGACACGCCCGAGUGAGUGAAUGUUGAAGGUGCACCUUUUUU